AAAGAUCAGAAAAGAAUAAGCAGAAACAGAAAUGGGUACUGUGUUUCCAAACUCAAUCAGUGUACCCACCACAGGCAAAGAAAACCCCGAGGUUCAAUCUGAGGAAGAGCUUGAUGCAGGAGCAUUAUUUGUGCUCAAAUCAGAAGGAUCAUGGUUGCACAGUGGAUAUCAUUUGACAACAUCUAUUGUUGGUCCGGUGAUUUUCAGUCUUCCCUAUGCUCUUGCCUUACUAGGCUGGGUACCCGGAAUCAUCUGCCUAGCACUUGCAGCUCUAGUGACUUUUUAUUCAUACAAUCUUCUCUCUGUGGUUCUGGAGCACCAUGCUCAGCUUGGGAAGCGUCAGCUUCGGUUCAGGGACAUGGCCAGAGACAUACUUGGACCCGGAUGGGGCAAAUACUUUGUUGGCCCACUUCAGUUUGCAAUAUGCUACGGUGCUGUGAUUGUCUGCACUCUUCUAGGAGGCCAAUGCCUGAAGUUUGUUUACAAGCUCUACAACCCAAAUGGAGGAAUGCUGCUAUAUCAAUUCAUAAUCAUUUUUGGAGCUGUGCCACUGAUCUUUGCCCAACUGCCAUCCUUCCACUCCCUAAGACACAUCAAUCUUUUCUCCCUGAUCCUCUGUUUUGCAUACAGUGCCUGUGCAGUUGCUGGUUCUAUAUAUAUUGGAGAUUCCAGGAAUGCACCGGUGAAGGACUACUCCAUCAACGGAUCUGAACUAAAUCGUGUGUUUGGAGCGAUGAAUGGUAUUUCUAUCAUCGCCACCACUUAUGGAUGUGGAAUCAUCCCUGAAAUACAGGCAACCAUAGCCCCUCCGGUGAAGGGCAAGAUGUUCAAAGGCUUGUGCAUCUGUUUUACUGUCGUAUUGACCACAUAUUUCAGCGUUGCAGUUUCUGGGUACUGGACAUUUGGCAAUAUGGCAGCACCAUCAGUUCUUAACAAUUUCAUGGAUGAAAAUCAGAAGCCAUUGCUACCUGUUUGGUUUCUUUUGGUAACCAAUAUCUUUGCUCUUUUGCAACUCUCUGCCAUCACUGUGAUCUACUUGCAGCCAACAAAUGAGCUGUUUGAAAAAUGCUUUGCAAACCCAAAGAUGGAUCAAUUUUCCAUGAGAAACGUUGUGCCAAGGGUGAUUGCUCGGUCACUCUCGGUGAUUACUGCCAUUCUUUUAGCUGCUAUGCUACCCUUCUUUGGAGACAUCAUGGCGUUGUUUGGAGCAUGUGGGAUCAUACCCCUGGAUUUCAUUUUGCCAAUGGUUUUCUACAAUGUUACAUUCAAGCCAUCAAAAAAAAGCCUCGUAUUCUGGGGGAACACAUUGAUAGCUGUAGUCUCAUCAGCACUGGCAGCGGUUGGGGCAGUAGCAUCAGUUCGACAGAUGGUUCUUGACGCCAAGACAUACCAUUUGUUUGCUAACAUGUAGUAUUCCAAUUUCCAGGCCAUGCCGUGUAUCAGCAGGAAAAAAAAAAAAAAGAGCAACAAAACGUACAAACUACUAUUUCUACUUUACAUGAAUUCCAGCUGAUUUCAGGCCAGGCUGACUCACCAAAGAUCAUUAAUAAACAUCCUGUAGUUUG